CACGUUGGAUCGCGCUCGGGGUUGAAUGUCUUAGAGAGGUCAAACUGAAACCCCACAUGACAACUUGAGUUGGGUUUGUUGGGUUUGGGGAUGGUUGCGUUGCUAUGCUCGACAACCCGCGGAUUCGAAUUUGAAACUGUGGCAGCCAGCAGCAGCAGCAGCAGCUGGGUUUGCUUUAAAAAAACUAACCCCAAUCUGUUCUCUCAUUCACCAAUGGCAAGGAAGGACAAAGCAAACAACAGCAACAAGCCGAAGAGACGACAGUUAAUCAAACGAGAAGAAGAAGUGAUAGGAGACAUAGAAGAUUUGUUUAGCAAAGAAGAUACCUACAAGAUAAGGGCAUCGUUGUUGGAAUGGUACGACAAGAACCAAAGGGACCUCCCUUGGAGAAGAAGAACAACACAAUCAGGAAAUGGCAAAAAUGUUAAAGAAGAAGAAGAAGAGAGUGCAUAUGGGGUAUGGGUUUCAGAGGUGAUGCUGCAACAAACAAGGGUUCAGACUGUUAUUGACUACUAUAACCGUUGGAUGCAAAAAUGGCCCACCCUUCAACACCUUGCUCAGGCUUCUCUUGAGGAGGUGAAUGAAAUGUGGGCUGGGUUGGGAUAUUAUAGAAGGGCUCGUUUUCUUCUGGAGGGAGCCAAGAUGAUUGUUUCCGGGGGAAGUGAGUUUCCAAAUACAGUUUCCACUUUGAGGAAGGUUCCAGGAAUAGGAGAUUAUACAGCAGGAGCAAUUGCUUCUAUAGCAUUCAAAGAGGUGGUGCCUGUAGUUGACGGAAAUGUAGUAAGGGUGCUUGCCAGACUAAAAGCUAUUUCUGCCAAUCCAAAAGACAAAAUUACUGUGAAGAACCUCUGGAAACUAGCAGCUCAACUUGUUGAUCCUUCUCGACCUGGGGAUUUCAACCAAUCUCUGAUGGAACUGGGUGCAACUUUAUGCACCGCAUUGAACCCAAGCUGCUCUUCAUGUCCUGUUUCAAGCCAAUGUCGUGCAUUUUAUAAUUCGAAAAAUGAUGAGUCAGUUAAGGUGACUGAUUAUCCUAUGAAGGUGGUAAAGGCCAAGCAAAGAAAUGAUUUUUCUACUGUUUGUGUUGUGGAGAUAUCUGGAGGCCAAGGUAUAUCACUACAAAGCCAAUCUGACAGCAGAUUCCUUCUUGUAAAAAGGCCAGACGAGGGUUUACUUGCUGGUCUUUGGGAGUUCCCUUCUGUUACAUUGGAUAAAGAAGCUGACCUAUCCGUGAAGAGAAAAUUAAUUGAUCAACUAUUGAAGAAGUCAUUUAGACUUAACCCCCUAAAAAACUGUAGCAUAAUUUCUAGGGAACUUGUUGGGGAAUUUGUCCAUGUUUUCAGUCACAUUCGCCGUAAGAUUUAUGUGGAGUUGUUGGUGUUACAUCUUAAAGUUGGAAUGCAUGACUUGUUCAAAGAGAAGGACAAAAAAGCCAUGGACUGGAAACUUUUGGAUUGCGAAGCUGUUUCAAACAUGGGGUUGACAUCAGCAGUAAGGAAGGUAUACUCAAUGGUUCAAAAAUUUAAACAGAAUGGAUUAUCCAGCAAUUCCAUCCCAUUGAGAAAAAGAGUGAAGUGUUCAUGAACCAAGUCAAGCAACAUUCUAAUAUCGAACUGGGUUUGGAGAUUGCCUUUUCUGCCAUCUGUUGCUGGACAGCUUUGUUCUUAAGGUUGUACAACAUCCAUGUUAUCCGCAACUGCAGGCGUCUUCAUGAUAGGUGUGGUGAUGCCAUGCAUCGAGGUUUUACCAAGGAGAAUUCACUGCUUAAGGAAAUUAUUAAUACUAAGUGCAUUUAUUUGUCAUGAUAAAAAACCAUUUCUGUAUUUGCUGUACUUUGUUUUGUGGCUGCUAUAUGCGGAUAUUGUAAUAUUAAACCAACUCUUUUUUUUGUUAUUUAUUGCCAAGAAAAGAAAUCAUUUGUCCUCUUCUUUUAACUCUGGUUUUUGGAACCAACUUAAGUUGAUUGCUGGGUAGGGAAGCGGCUACUCGUCACAUUUUCCCCAGAGUUUGGUAUACAGUUAAAAUUUUCGUUUCUUUAUGC